CCAAAUAACCACACGUCAUUCGACAGCCAACGACUGACGUGACGAGUGUGGAAGUGAAAUUUCUUUUUGGAUUAGUGGUUGUGCCCGUGAAUAUAUCCGUGAAAAUGCAAAUUCCAAAUGAGUAUAUUUCAACUGCGGAAGAUUUUGCAGAUCAGGUAAUCCGCAAAGGCAAAAAUGUAUUGCCAACGGUGGCGCGGCUCUGCCUCAUAUCCACAUUCCUGGAGGACGGCCUGCGGAUGUGGUUCCAGUGGUCGGAGCAGCGUGACUACAUGAACAUGUCCUGGGGCUGCGGCACAUUCCUAGCCACUGUGUUUGUGGUUGUAAAUCUAUUAGGUCAAAUCGGCGGGUGUGUUAUGGUACUCGGCAGACUGAAGGUUGACAUUGCUUGUGGAAUGCUGUUUUUCAUUGUUGUUCUCCAGACAUUCGCAUACAGUAUACUAUGGGACAUGCAGUUCCUCCUCCGCAACUUGGCGUUGAUCGGCGCUUUGCUCCUCGUACUAGCGGAGGCGCGGGCUGAGGGCCGCAGCCUGUUCGCCGGAGUCCCGAGUCUCGGCGAGAACAAGCCCAAGACAUACCUACAGCUGGCAGGCCGCGUGCUGCUCGCGUUUAUGUUCAUCACGCUGCUGAGAUUCGAGAUCUCCUUCCUGCAGAUCGUGCAAGACCUGCUGGGCAGCAUCCUGAUGAUCCUGGUGACGGUGGGCUACCGCACCAAGCUGUCGGCGCUCAUGUUGGUGCUGGUGCUGACGGUGCUGAACCUCUACCACAACGCCUGGUGGAGCGUGCCUUCCUACAAGCCGCUCCGCGACUUCCUCAAAUAUGACUUCUUCCAGACGUUAUCAGUGAUCGGCGGGCUGCUCAUGAUAGUGUACUUGGGCCCGGGCGGCGUGAGCAUGGACGAGCACAAGAAACGGUGGUAACCGCCGCGCGCGCUGUGAGUCGGACUAGUCGGCGACAGAAUUGCAAUCACUGCACCGUUCCUCCGACAAUGAACUGGCCGAGACGCGUUCAUAUGGCACCUUGUUGUUAAGGCGGCGGUACACAUGCCUGUAUGCUUACCAUUAGUUUACGUAGGUGUGCUCGCUAGCGAGUGCGUCAAAUCUAUGAAGAUUUUAGUCCUUAAAAGUAGCCGCUAGGGGCGCUGUACAAUUUGUCAUACAUUUCAUGUCUUUUUUACGCAGUACACCUAACGUAAACUCUUGGUAAGCACACAGCAACUGCACGUGCUAAAAUUGUCAUGUGUGUACGCUAACUGGCAUGCUUGUAUCUGGCAAGCGAGUAAAUCGCACAGUAUUUGAUUUUAAUUUUUUUAUGAUGGAAAUACAGGCAUGCAGUUGCGCUAGUAUGCCAUUCAUAAGCUACAAGCUACAGUUUUACAGGCAUGUGUAUCGCCGCCUUUACACGGUUCUAUUAACCCAGCGUGGUUC